CAAGAAACUAAGUAUAAAAAUAAAAAAUGUUGAAAAGAUCAUUGUCGUUGUGGCUAAAUAUUCACAAUAGAAUUCAUUGUAUGACUAACUGCGAUUUCUUUGUAUCAAGUGUUAUGAUUAAUAGUGCGUACGUGCAAAUUCGCGGUAAAUCAUUCAAACGUCAUCUGGAUUAUUCUAAUGUGCCCAAGCUGGACGAGGCUGAUCUUGAAGAACAGUUUAUCCGAGGCAGCGGCCCUGGUGGCCAAGCGACAAAUAAGACAAACAAUGCGGUGCUGUUAAAGCAUAAACCUACUGGCCUCGUCGUCAAGUGUCACGAAACAAGAAGCGUAUGGGACAACAAGAAACGCGCGCGAGAAAUUAUGGUAACAAAGCUCGAUAACUUACUGAACAAAGAGCACUCCAUCGAAGCCCAAAUACGUGCUCUUGAAGAAAAACAGCGGGCUCAAAAAGAUUAUAAGAGAAGAAAACUGGCAGAAAUGAAAGCAGCCUUUCGGGAGCGCGAAGACUUGACAUAAAACGAUUGUUUUUUUGCAAAUUUUCUGUAGAAUAUAAAUUUUAUCUUUAGAAAUACACAGAGGACUUAUUCUUAA